GGUCUCCCCAGAUGAGAGAUUUGUCCCCAGAGAUGAGACACGACUUGGAGUUCACAGACAAGGAUGACGGGGAAUUCUGGUGAGUGGACAAUCAAUAAAUCUAGGCCUGCUGGUGAGUGGACAAUCAAUAACUCUAGGCCUGCUGGUGAGUGGACAAUCAACAACUGAAGACCUACUGGUGAGUGGACAAUCAAUAAAUCUAGGCCUGCUGGUGAGUGGACAAUCAAUAACUCUAGGCCUACUGGUGAGUGGACAAUCAAUAACUCUAGGCCUACACAGGGAAGCUACCACUGAUAAAUAAUUUAUUAUCAUUCAAAUAUUAUUAUUGAGAAAGUCAACAUACACCAGUGAUUUAAGAAGGACGACUGAGGGGAAGUGGGGGUUGGUAUUUGGGGGUUCCACCCCAGGCAAGCACCUUUUUCUUUUGAAAUGUUGGGGGGGGGGGGGGAAAAUUUUCGGCCAACUGUAUAAUUGCUUUUUUGUGUAAAAGGGGGCGGCACAAAUCUUAGGCCCUCCGGGGGUAGGAGGGGGGGAGCCUUGCAUACUAAUAUACUUACAUUGAUAAAAAAAAACAACACAACAACAAAGAACACCCUGUAAUUUGUUUUUAUUUCAACUAAAUGCCACAUUUGAUUGAUGUGAUUAGUUUUGUUCAAACCUCAACAACAAGACAGAACAAAAACAUUUUCUGUUUUUUUUAAGCAAAAACUUGAAUGAAUCGGUGACAGCAAAUCACUGACUGGUGGCUUUAUUUUUUUUUAUAGGAUUUCAUUUGAGGAUUUUGCCACCAACUUCGAUGAGAUCCAACUGUGCCAUCUUUACCCAGAAGCUUUCAUUGACCAAUUGGCGGACAGCAAAGUCAGUUCAAAUAUAAAUGCAUUCGUUUCUUGAAAUUAUUUAACUGCGCCGGUCGCUGAGGUCUGUAAGAAAAUAACAAGUUUUAAGAAAAAUAUCAGAAUAAUUUGUUAUUUUUGGUAAUACUAUAAUAACAAAUAAUAAAUUCUAAAAAUUUUUUAUAGAUUUUUAAUUUAUAUUCUUUUUAACUAAUAUAAGAUCGUAACAGAUUUAUUGCUAUUACAGUAAUUAUGUUCAUAGUAAGAUUGUUUUAAUUUUUGUAAUUACGUUUAUUCUACAUGUAUUAUUGUAAUUAUAUCCCAUGUAAACGUGAUACUGUAAAAGUCUCGCUGGUUUCGCUGAUUUACCUUAGAAAAAGCAGCAGUGGAUUGCCACUGUUUACCACGGGAGUUGGAUC